GAAGGAAGGAAGAGAGGAGAUCCUGGCAGCUCGUUUAGUGAAAGGAGGGCGGAUGUUUGCAGGAGGCCGCGGCGACACUGUGGCUUUACUGUCACCGCAUGGACACCGGCAAGAUGUCAUGGCGUCCGACCUACCGAAGCUCCAAGUUUCGAAACGUCUACGGAAAGGUGGGCAACCGGGAGCACUGCUUCGACGGCUUCCCCAUCACCAAGAACGUCCAUGACAACCACUUCUGCGCCGUCAACUCCAAGUUCCUGGCGGUCGUCACCGAGAGUGCCGGCGGAGGCGCUUUCAUCGUGAUACCAGUAUCCCAGUCUGGUCGGCUGGACUCUCAUUACCCAAAAGUGUGCGGCCACCAAGGCAACGUGCUGGAUAUCAAGUGGAAUCCCUUCUUUGAGAACAUCAUAGCUUCCUGCUCGGAGGACACCUCGGUGCGAGUAUGGGAGAUCCCAGAGGGCGGUCUGAGACGCAACAUGACGGAGGCGGUGCUGGAGCUGUACGGCCACAGCAGACGGGUGGGUGUGAUCGAGUGGCACCCCACCAGCAGCGGCAUCCUCUUCAGCGCCGGCUACGACUACAAGAUCCUGAUCUGGAACCUGGAGAUCGGAGAGCCGGUGAAAAUGAUCGACUGCCACACGGACGUCAUCCUCAGCAUGUCCUUCAACACCGACGGCAGCCUGCUGGCCACCAGCUGCAAAGACAAGAAGCUGCGCGUCAUUGAGCCGCGCUCCGGGGCCGUCCUUCAGGAAGCCAGUUGCAAGAACCAUCGCGUGAACCGAGUGCUGUUCCUGGGCAACAUGAAGCGACUGCUCACCACGGGGGUCUCACGCUGGAACACCCGGCAGAUCGCUCUCUGGGAUCAGGAGGAUUUGUCCAUGCCAAUUGUGGAGGAAGACAUCGACGGCCUGUCCGGACUGUUGUUUCCCUUCUACGACGCCGACACACACAUGUUGUACCUGGCGGGCAAGGGGGACGGCAACAUCCGUUACUUUGAGAUUACCACAGAGAAGCCGUACUUCCAAUACCUGACGGAGUUCCGGUCCCCGGCUCCACAGAAAGGCCUCGGUGUGAUGCCGAAGCACGGGCUGGACGUGGGCGCCUGCGAGGUGUACCGCUUCUACAAGCUCGUCACUCUGAAGGGUUUGAUCGAGCCCAUUUCCAUGAUCGUCCCAAGAAGGUCAGACACAUACCAGGAGGACAUCUACCCCAUGACUGCCGGAACAGAACCUGCGCUGUCAGCAAGCGAAUGGCUGAGCGGCAUGAAUAGAGACCCAGUCUUAAUAUCCCUGAAGGAGGGUUACCAGCGACCGAACCAGUUAGUGUUCAAGGCCCCGGUGAAGGAAAAGAAGAGCAUGGUGGUGAACGGGAUCGACCUGCUGGAGAACGUUCCACCCAGGACAGAGAACGAGCUCCUGCGGAUGUUCUUCCGGCAGCAGGACGAAUUGCGGCGGCUAAAGGAGGAGCUGACCACCAAGGACGUGCGAAUACGCCAGCUGGAGCUGGAGCUCAACAACCUGAAGAACGUUAGCCCCAACAACGUCUGA